AUUAAAACCUGACUACUCUUCCACCAUGUUGAAAUACCUGACAGAACUUGCUGUGUCCUUGGAUAAUGGCUUUUUUUUCCUUCUUCUUCUUCUUCUGAGUAGACAUCUAAUUGAGGAGAUUUCCUGUUUGGUAGGCAAGGGAAGAUGAAAACGAAAGUACCACGUUUUUGGUUCUGACCAAGACAGCUGCCGCUCUGGUCUCCCGGCCACUGUUGAGAUGAGAAGGGCGGCUUUAGCGAGAGCAACUUCUCUGCCUGUCAGAGGUGAGGGGACAUGAAAGGAGUGCUGGGACCAUCUGAGAAGUCACUCGACCCUGUGGCAUGUAUGUCUCAAGGGAGAAGCUUGAGAAGCCUCUUGAGCAGCGGCGGCUGUGACCUGGGAACAUUGGGUUGGCGGGGAGAUUAAGAAGCCGGCAUAUUUUUCUGAAAGAAGGCUUCCGUGCUAAAGAAGAUCCAAGUUUUGUUGGCGGAGCAGAAAGCCUUAUGAAGAUCUCAUGGAACAGGAGCGUUCCAGAGAACACAUUCCAGGAAAGGAGGUCUUCCAGAAUGCAUGGAGGGGCUGAAGCUGGCUGGAACCCUGAGGCCUGUUCUGCCCCCUUGGCAGCAUGUUGGCAAAUGGAACCUCUACAUGAUGGUUGUGCGACUUCCCACCCUCCAGCUGCUGUCAUAGGCUUGUCUUCACCUGGGGAUUCUGGAGACGAUGCCGAUGGCCCCCUUGGUGUACGUUUGAUGUGGCAGCGUGUGACCCUGAGGAGCCUGUGUGAGCGUACACAUGGAGAGACCUCUGAAACGUCCCAGAGCGAUGUGAGAAAGGCACUGGAUAAGCUGCCUGCAGCCGUGUCUCCUAAGGGGUCUGCCAAAAACUGUGUGGGAUUUCAGGGUCUGGUUUUCUUCGCCUUGUUCAGAGAGAAGCCGACUCUCGAGGUGAGCAGGCGGGUGCUUUGGAAGGCCACCCGGGCCUUUCUCGUGUCCCUGGGUGCUUCCAACGGGAGCAACGGCCAGCAGCCUGCGCUGAAAGCACAGGCCCCUCCAGAACUUGCUCCUUGCCUUGCGGCUUGCUUGCUUCCCCAAGGAGCCGAACAACCUUUUAGGGUACGUGACUACACCCGCCUCCCAUGCCCCCUCCCUUGGCACGAGGCUCAAGUGAACGCCAGCCUGUUCGGCAAACUCGAGAUUGCACAACGAUUUUGA